GCGCGCAUGCGCAGCCAGGCGUCGCGUCUUCCUGCUUCGUGACUAAGCGGCGCGCUCGAGAGGAAGAUGGAGGCUCCGUCGCCGAUGGAGGGGCUGCCGCCGUUGUUGCCGCCGCCGUUUUGGGCCGGGGGUCCCUCGCCGGGGGAGCUCUACUCCCCGCCCUGCCCGGGCAGCGGAUACGGGCUGCCGGCCGGAGGAGUCACCCGGACCCUGAGCCCCAUGGUAACCGGCACCUCCAUCCUGGGGCUGAAGUUUGACGGCGGCGUCAUCAUCGCGGCGGACAUGCUGGGCUCCUACGGCUCGCUGGCUCGCUUCCGCAACAUCUCCCGUGUCAUGAAGGUGAACGACAGCACCGUGCUGGGGGCCUCGGGCGACUACGCCGACUUCCAGUACCUCAAGCAAGUGGUGGAGCAGAUGGUGAUUGACGAGGAGCUCCUGGGCGACGGGCACAGUUACAGCCCCAAAGCCAUCCACUCCUGGCUCACCCGCGCCAUGUACAACCGCCGCUCGAAGAUGAACCCCCUCUGGAACACGGUGGUGAUUGGCGGCUACGCCAACGGAGAAAGUUUCCUAGGUUACGUGGACAUGCUUGGGGUGGCCUACGAAGCUCCUUCGCUCGCCACCGGAUACGGCUCCUACGUGGCGCAGCCCCUGAUGCGCAACGCCCUGGAAACGCAGCCUGUGCUCUCCCGGCAAGAGGCCCGCACCCUCAUAGAGCGCUGCAUGAAAAUCCUCUACUACAGAGACGCCCGCUCGUUCAACAAGUAUGAGAUUACGACAGUAACGGAGAAAGGCGUGGAAGUGGAAGGGCCGCUCUCCUUGGAGACCAGCUGGGACAUUGCCCAUCUUGUCAGCGGCUUUGAAUGAAACUGGAGAACCUGCUCACGUCACGUCUUUCAGGAUGUCCUAAUCCAAAGUCGUGUCUAGUUCUGUUUUGUGUCCUAGUGGUGGUAGGAAAUCUUUAAAACUUUUUGUAAACUCAAUAAACGAAGUUGAGACUCUU